CAGUAAUAUUUUAAUGUAGUAAAGAACCCAUAUUAGAAUUCUCUUCCUGGGAUUGAAAUAUGAGACUGUCAGUGAGACGUUUUGGAUACAAGCUUACAUCUCUCUCUUUCUCUCUCUUGCCUCUAUUGCUGUUUCAGAAAUUUUGUUGAUGGAGGCUGGUUUUUUCACGGUUUGAAUUUGUGUGAAUGUUUACAGGAACAUUUGCACCUCAGCUUCUUAUAGAGUACUCUGAGUUAGAGAAAGAGAAGGUGGAGAAUAAAAGUGUCCUUAUUUGAGGCUAUUUUUGAGGUCUUGCAGAGCAAGGAAAAAAGAUUCAAAAAAAUGAUGGAGGAUCUAUGGUUGUUGUUCUGUGGGGAAUCUAUUUCUUCGGAUAAUUCUGGGAAGCCAUACAAUUCUGACAAUUUGUGUUUCAGUAAACCAAAUUCAUGUAUUAAUCAUGCAUUGAUCAUUUGCUUUGAUGUUUUGCUUCUGUUCAUGCUCUUAUUCAAUUUGAUUCAGAAGUCUUCAUCAAAAAGGCUUCACAUUGUGGCACGAUUUCAACCAUUGACACUACUGCAGAUAGUAGCUGCGGUGCUCAAUGGAUGUGUUGGAUUAGUGUAUCUGGUUUUAGGCAUUUGGAUUUUGGAAGAGAAGCUGAAGAAAACUCAGACAGCAUCACCUUUGAAUUGGUGGUUAUUAGUACUGAUUCAAGGUGUCACAUGGUUUGUUGUGACUGUGACAAUAAGCCUAAGGGGAAGCCAUCUUCCGAGAGCACCUAUGCGGCUACUGUCCAUUCUUACCUUCUUAUUCUCUGGAAUUGUAUGUGUUUUAUCUAUCUUUGCUGCCAUACUUAACAAAAAAAUAUCAAUAAAAAUAACCUUAGAUGUUCUUUCUUUCCCUGGGGCUUUGUUGUUACUGCUAUGUGCUUAUAAGGGAAAUAACCUUGAAGAGAGUGACACAAAAGCUACUGAAACUGAUCUAUAUGUCCCUUUGAAUGGUGAGGCCAGUGGGGUAAGUAAAGUUGAUUCUGUUGGUCAAGUUACUGGAUUUUCCAAAGCUGGUUUCUUCAGUAAAUUAUCAUUUUGGUGGCUGAAUCCAUUGAUGAAAAGGGGUAGGGAGAAGACUCUUGAGGAGGAAGACAUACCCAGUUUGCGUGAGGCAGAUCGAGCAGAAAGCUGUUAUCUUCAAUUCCUGUAUCAGUUGAACAAACAGAAACAACUUGAACCGUCAUCUCAACCAUCUAUCUUGAGGACAAUAAUAAUAUGCCACUGGAGAGAUAUUUUCAUGUCUGGAUUCUUUGCUUUGCUAAAGAUUCUUACCAUCUCAGCUGGUCCUCUGCUACUGAAUGCCUUCAUUUUGGUUGCUGAGGGAAACUCAGCUUUCAAAUAUGAAGGUUAUGUGUUGGCUGUAUCACUUUUCUUUUCGAAGAGCUUAGAAUCAUUAUCACAAAGGCAGUGGUAUUUCAGAAGCAGACUAAUUGGUCUGAAAGUGAGGUCUUUGCUCACAGCUGCCAUUUACAAGAAACAAUUGAGACUGUCAAAUGCUGCCAGGUUGAUGCACUCAGGUGGUGAGAUAAUGAACUAUGUUACAGUGGAUGCUUACAGGAUUGGAGAAUUCCCUUUCUGGUUCCACCAGACUUGGACGACAAGUCUGCAGCUUUGUAUUGCCCUCGUAAUUCUCUUCCGUGCAGUGGGGUUAGCAACCCUUGCAGCCUUGGUGGUUAUAAUCCUCACCGUGUUAUGCAACACUCCACUUGCAAAGCUGCAACACAAGUUCCAAAGCAAGCUCAUGGUUGCACAGGAUGAGAGACUUAAGGCUUGUACAGAGGCCCUUGUGAACAUGAAAGUUUUGAAAUUGUAUGCAUGGGAAACCCAUUUCAAGAAAGCCAUUGAAAACUUACGGAAGGUGGAAUAUAAGUGGUUAUCAGCAGUGCAGCUACGAAAGGCAUAUAAUAGCUGUCUCUUCUGGUCAUCUCCUGUGUUGGUUUCAGCUGCCACCUUUGGUGCAUGUUAUUUCCUCAAGAUUCCUCUUUAUGCUAGUAAUGUUUUCACUUUUGUUGCGACUUUACGUCUUGUUCAAGAUCCUAUAAGAAUGAUCCCUGAUGUUAUUGGAGUUAUUAUUCAAGCAAAGGUUGCAUUUUCACGUAUUGUGAACUUCCUUGAGGCACCAGAGCUACAGAGGGCAACUGUGAGGCAAAAAGGCAACUUGGAGAAUUUAAACCAUGCCAUUUUAAUCAAAUCAGCAAAUUUUUCUUGGGAGGAGAAUUCUUUGAAGCCCACACUCAGGAAUAUAAGCUUAGAGGUUAGACCUGGCGAAAAGGUAGCUGUAUGCGGAGAAGUUGGUUCGGGAAAAUCUACCCUUUUAGCAGCAAUUCUUGGAGAAGUUCCAAAAACUGAAGGAACUAUUCAAGUGUAUGGAAAGAUAGCCUAUGUUUCUCAGACAGCUUGGAUCCAAACUGGAAGCAUAAGAGAGAACAUUUUAUUUGGGUCUUCUAUGGAUGGCCAACGAUACCAAGAAACACUUGAAAGGUGUUCUUUGGUCAAAGAUCUUGAGUUGCUUCCUUAUGGUGAUCACACUGAAAUAGGAGAAAGAGGAGUUAAUUUGAGUGGUGGUCAGAAGCAGAGAAUUCAAUUGGCCCGUGCUCUCUAUCAGGAUGCUGAUAUAUAUUUGUUGGAUGAUCCAUUCAGUGCUGUGGAUGCUCAUACAGCUACAAGUUUAUUUAAUGAAUAUGUUAUGGGAGCACUUUCAGAGAAGGCACUUUUACUUGUUACUCAUCAAGUUGACUUCCUGCCCGCUUUUGAUUCUGUUUUGUUAAUGUCAGAUGGGGAAAUCCUUCAGGCUGCUUCUUAUCAUCAAUUAUUGUCAUCAAGUAAAGAAUUUCUGGACCUUGUCAAUGCACACAAAGAAACUGCUGGUUCUGAGAGACUUGCUGAGGUUUCUUCUCAGAAGCAUGGUACAUCUACUAAGGAGAUCAGGAAGGGUUAUGUGGACAAACAAUAUAACGCAUCCAAAGGUGAUCAGCUGAUAAAACAAGAAGAGAGAGAAAUAGGAGACACAGGGUUGAAGCCAUACAUACAAUAUCUGAAACAGAACAAAGGCUUUUUGUUCUUCAGCUUGGCUGGUCUUUCUCACCUUGUAUUCGUGUUUGGUCAGAUUUUACAGAACACUUGGAUGGCUUCCAAUGUAGAUAAUCCUCAUGUUAGCACAUUGCGGCUGAUAGUAGUUUACUUAGCAAUUGGAUUUGCUUCAUUAGCAGUUUUGCUAUCUAGAUCUCUCUCUACUGUUUUCUUAGGUCUUCGGUCAUCACAAUCCUUAUUUUCACAGCUUCUAAAUUCUCUUUUCCGUGCACCUAUGUCAUUUUAUGAUUCCACACCCUUGGGAAGGAUACUUAGUCGGGUCUCCUCCGAUCUGAGUAUUGUUGAUCUUGAUGUUCCAUUCAGUUUAAUCUUUGCUGUUGGGGCUACCACUAAUGCUUAUAGUAAUCUUGGAGUACUAGCUGUUGUCACCUGGCAAGUUUUGUUUGUCUCAAUACCAGUGAUUUUUGUGGCCAUUCGCUUGCAGAGAUAUUAUUUUUCUUCUGCAAAAGAAUUGAUGCGGAUCAAUGGCACAACCAAGUCCUUGGUGGCAAAUCAUUUGGCCGAGUCGAUGGCAGGAGCUACAACAAUAAGAGCCUUUGAGGAGGAAGAGAGGUUUUUUGCAAAGAGCCUUGAUCUCAUUGAUACCAAUGCUAGUCCUUUCUUCCACAGUUUUGCUGCAAAUGAGUGGUUGAUUCAAAGGUUAGAAACACUCAGUGCAGCUGUUAUCUCCUCAGCAGCACUCUGCAUGGUUUUGCUUCCUCCUGGAACUUUUAGCCCAGGAUUUAUUGGGAUGGCACUUUCCUAUGGUCUUUCCCUAAAUAUUUCCUUGGUUAUGUCUAUCCAAAACCAGUGUACUAUAGCAAAUUACAUCAUUUCUGUAGAAAGAUUAAACCAAUACAUGCAUGUACCAAGUGAAGCCCCUGAAGUGAUAGAAGACAGCCGCCCCCCAUCCAACUGGCCUGCUGUGGGGAAAGUGGAUAUCUGUGAUUUACAGAUUAGAUAUAGGCCUGAUGCACCACUUGUUCUUCGGGGCAUCAGUUGCACAUUUGAAGGAGGGCACAAAAUUGGUAUUGUUGGCCGAACUGGCAGUGGAAAGACCACUCUCAUAGGUGCCCUAUUUCGAUUAGUCGAGCCUGCUGGAGGGAAGAUUAUAGUAGAUGGCAUUGAUAUAUGUAAGAUUGGGCUUCAUGAUCUGAGGUCACGUUUUGGUAUAAUUCCUCAAGAUCCUACACUUUUCAAUGGCACUGUGAGAUAUAAUUUAGAUCCUUUAUCUGAACAUGCAGACAAGGAAAUAUGGGAGGUGCUUGGAAAAUGUCAGCUUCGGGAAGCUGUCCAGGAGAAAGAAGAAGGCCUUGAUUCCUUAGUUGUGGAUGACGGAUCAAACUGGAGCAUGGGGCAAAGACAACUAUUUUGUUUGGGGCGUGCACUAUUAAGGAGAAGCCGGAUAUUGGUGCUAGAUGAAGCAACUGCAUCAAUUGACAAUGCAACUGACACCAUUUUACAGAAAACUAUUCGGACUGAAUUUGCCGAUUGCACUGUGAUCACAGUAGCUCACAGGAUACCAACGGUGAUGGAUUGCAACAUGGUACUUUCCAUUAGUGAUGGAAAGCUAGUAGAGUAUGAUGAGCCAAUGAAGUUGAUGAAGCAGGAAGGUUCCCUGUUUGGGCAGCUUGUGAAGGAAUACUGGUCUCAUUUGAAAUCUGCAGAUUUACAUUAAACUGAAACAAUAUUUCUUGUAUCUAUUGCCUUGGCAGCUAGAAUUGCAAGUAGAUGUAUAGUAUUGCUGUAAUAUAUGAGGCUACAGAGCAGAUAACAAGAGAACAUUUGUUCCUUCAGUUGGUUGCAUUAGCUAUAUUCAAGUAUGGGGCAAAAGUAGUGAGCCCUGGUGCACUA